AAUAUUUGAUUUUAUAUUUUUCUUAGUUCAUUAAAGCCCCUACAUUUACAUUUACAGAAGUUUUCGUUUUAUUAGAUAAAUAUGAGAAAAAUGAUUGUAAAACUAUGAUUUUAACGAAUCAGAAAUACAUAAAAGAAUGUUUAAUUCGAUUUUUUUAAUAAAAUUGUUGAUACAAGUUUAAUGACUCUAAACAAAAUCCCGCAAUUGAUCGUGCCACCGGUAGCUAUGGCAUGUGCAGUUGUUUGAAAUUGCAAAUCUCCUCACGCUUGCUAUAUGCUACCACCCAGAUUUACCUUCAGUCCUUCAACUUCCCCUGAUUCCAGUAAACCACCACUUAUCUUCUUUGGAAUCCAGAUUCAUUCAUAACAUCGAUCCAUCAGACAGAUCCACAACCAUCAACAAUGGCAACUGAUCGUUCGUUGGUCACGGAGAUCGGUCCGGAUGGUCUCGUUCGCGAAUCGCCUGUCAUCGCCCACACCGAGCGGAUGAUUGAAGAGGAGCAGCUUCAGUUGAGAAAAUACAUUGAAGAGAAUUAUUCCAAAAUCCGUGAUGUUGAGCGAGAGCUUACGGGUCUCACAAUGGAGAUGAAACUCACAGCAGGACCAAAGAAAGCUGCACUUGAACAUAUGAGGAAGAAAAUCGAAAUGUCAACAGAGAAGAUUCGUCUUGCUAAGUUGAAGGAAGAAGAAGCAAAGAAGGCUUUGGAAGCUGCAUCAAAGGCAGUGAAGGAUGAAGAAGCACUCAAGCAGAAACUAUGUGAAGAUUUGAAUAAUUUGGUCCAAGAAAGCAGUAGCUCUCAGUUUGCUAGACUAGAGGAGCUAAAAAGGCGGCUAGAGGCUUUGAAUCCAAGAAGGUCAUCUGCAUUUUUGGGAGCUGGUGCGAGUCCAGUGGAACCUGCAUUGAAUUUGAGGAGGACAGGUGUGGAGGUAUCGGUUCCUUCUAAUAGCGUGGAAGCUGCAGCUACUACUAUUACAGAAUCAUCUAAUAAUAACAAUAAUAAUAAUGAGAAGACAAGUGGAGAUGUACAAGAAGGGAUGACGAGGGGUAAAAAGAAAAAUGCAAUUCAAGGGCAUGGGCAAGGGAGACCUAAUAAUAAAGGUCAAGGAGGAGGAAUUGGAGCAAUACCCAAGAGAGGAACCAGUUGGACUGGUGCUGGCUUUGACUAAAUUUUCUUCCAGCGUCCAAUGUUAAGUAUGAUUUGUUUAGGAAGUAAGUAGACUACCCUGUGGCUGUGGCUGUGGCUGUGGCAUUCAGUGUGGUGUGGUAGCAGAUUCCUUUCCUGUACUGUAGUUACAAAAAUCAAAGCCAUAGGGGACGGUGCCUUUAAAUUUACAGAAUCCAUCAUAUCCUUCAUUAUGAUUUGAUAUUUCAGGUUCAUUAAUUGUUAUUAUUAUUAUUUAUUUUUCAAACAUGGUCUUCACUCUUCACUUUCCUCUGUGGUGUAUCAGGUGGACCUAAGAAUAGUAAAUGCAUACAGACUCUUACUCGACUCUACUCUCUUUUAACUUUGGAAUUCUUUACAUAAAUAUUAUUGACUUUGGACUUA